AUGCUCCCUUCUGUCUUCUUCACAGGUCUAGUAGUCUUGAACAUAUCAGAAGGAAACAGAGUGACUGAAUUCAUCCUCCUAAGCUUCCCCUGCCCCAGAGAGAUGCAGAUCCUCCUCUUUGCAGUCUUCUCUCUGACCUAUGUCCUGACCCUCAUGGGGAAUGGGUCCAUCAUCUGGGCAGUGAGGUUGGAUCAGCGGCUCCAUAACCCCAUGUACAUCCUGCUGGCCAACUUCUCCUUCUUGGAAAUCUGCUACAUUAACACCACAGUUCCUAACAUGUUGGCCAACUUCCUCUCUGAGUCCAAAACCAUCUCCUUCACUGCCUGCUUUCUCCAGUUCUACUUCUUCUUUUCCACAGGUGUCACUGAGACAUUCUUCCUAGCUCUCAUGGCUUUUGAUAGGUACCGUUGUCAGCCUCUUCACUACCCCACAAUCAUGACUGGACACUUCUGUAUCAAGCUAGUGCUCUUCUGCUGGGUGACAGGUUUUCUCUGCUUUCCCGUCCCCAUCUAUUUUAUGUCUCAAUUGCCCUUCUGUGGCCCAAAUGUCAUUGAUCACUUUAUCUGUGAUCCAGGCCCCCUCAUGGCUUUGACAUGCAUCCAUGCACCAGGAAUUGAGUUUACUCUUUCUACUAUAACCUCUCUUGCCAUCUUCCUUAAUUUCCUUUUCAUUCUCGGAUCCUAUAUCCUGGUGUUCAGAGCUGUAUUACGAGUCCCUUCAGAAUCUGGCAGGAAGAAGGCUUUCUCCACUUGUGGGUCCCACAUGACCAUGGUCUCUCUGUUCUUCGGAACUGUCUUGGUCAUGUAUAUCACCCCAACAUCAGGACAUAUAACUACAACCCAAAAGAUUAUCACCUUGUGCUAUGCAGUGUUUACUCCACUUGUGAAUCCCUUAAUUUACAGCCUUAGGAACAAAGAGAUGAAGAAUGCCCUAAUAAAAGUACAGAUGAGCAUGAAAAUUUUUCCAAAUAAAUGA